UCGUCUGUUGAUCGGCCCUUCAACGAGCAGAAUGGGACUGCAGCUGCUGGUGGAACCACUAUUCGGCGGCGCGCUGAUAGGACGGGGGUCGUGGGAUGGACGCCUGCUCAUCACCGCGGCUAUCGCCGUCUUGCUGCCGUUCAUUCUCACCUACAUCGUGACCAGUCUCAACGCCAGUUGGGUCACGAAUCGGGGCAACGGCAAUCCGCCGGCGGCGCCGUACGCGGUGCCGGUGCUCGGCAACACCUCCCAGUUCGCCUACGACACGGAAGGCUUCAUUACCCGGACACUGCGCCGCUUUGGCAGCGUGCCGUUCCGCCUUAAAGUCGGGCUCGAAACCAUGUACUACAUCCCUUACGGCGAGCCGGUGCAGGCCAUGUUCAAGCACGCGCGGGAUCUGUCGAUGAAGCCCAUCAUCAUCGUAGCCAUGCGAGACCAGUUUGGUAUGAAACCCGCCGACGUGGCCGUCUACGAGCGCGACGGCUCCGGCGACAUGGCCAAGCCGCUGGAGGGCUGGGAGCACAUGGACCCGGCCCACCGCGUCUUCUACCACCAGCACCACGAUCUCAACGCCCACCUCAGCGGCGUCGCGCUCGGCGCCCUGAUGGCGCGGUUCAAAGCCAACUACACCUCUCAACUGGCGACGACGGACCAGGCCGGCGAGCACUGGACCGAGCUGCCGGACCUGUACUCCUUCCUGCGCGACCACAUGUUUCGCGCGUCGUGCGGCGCCCUACUCGGCGAGCGCCUAUUCGAGCUGUGUCCGGAUUUCAGCCGCGACUUCUGGGAGUUUGACAAGCAUCUGAUCACAUACCUCCGGCGCACGCCGCGCUGGAUGGCUCCUCGGGCGUACGCCGCCCGCGACCGGGUGCUGGCGUCCAUGAAAAAGUGGUACACGCACGCCAGGAGCCAGCUCGACUACCGAGACCCGACGCUGGCGGGCGUAGAAUACGAGCCGGUCUGGGGCGCUCGCCUGAUGCGCGCCCGCGCCGAGAAGUUUGAUAAGGCCGGGUUCUCCCUCGACGGCUGCGUCAGCAUGGACCUGGGAUUCGUGUGGGCGGGGACUGCCAACGUGAUCCCCGCGACGCUGUGGGUGUUGCUGAAUGUGUUGCUUUCGGAGAACCUGACGGGACGCGUCAUGGCCGAGGUGGAGGAAUGCCUUGACGAGGCGACGGGGUUGUUCGACGUGGCGGCGCUGUGCGGUAAGCCGUUGCUGAACGGCCUCUACCUCGAGUCCCUGCGCUACUGCGCCGCCACCACGUCGGCGCGUAACCCGGUGGUGGACAACUUCAAGCUCUGCGGCUGGAGCAUCCCGCGAGACGCGCUGAUGAUGUCAAUCGUCUGGUUCGGUGCGCAUGACCCAAACUUCUGGAACGCGGGCCGCAUUCUCCCCAGCGGAAAGCCGGAACACCCCGUGGACACAUACUGGGCCGAGCGUUUUCUCGAAUACCCCGACGAUCCGGCAAGCGGUCCCGUGCGCAAGCCCAACCACGCACUCUACACAUCGUCAUCUUCCGACAUUAGGCCGGAGAAGACGGCGCAGGACGACAAGACGGCGAAACCAAUCAGCCACACGGCCGCCCUGCAGGGCCAUUUCUACCCCUACGGAGGCGGCAGCCGGAUCUGUCCCGGACGGCACCUGGCCAAGCAGGAGCUGCUGGUCGCCGUGGCUGUCAUGAUGCGCGAGUUUGAGAUUGAACUGUUGGAUCCUGUGUCGGCGCGGCGGGCGAGGCCGGAUAUGAGGGUGUUCCCGACGGGUGCAAUGGGCCCGGAUCGGAAGCUCCCCAUCAGGAUAAGGAGAAGAACGAGGUGAAAGACCGGCAAGUGGACGGAUGUACAGUUAAGGCGAGCUCGAGACGAGUGAUGUGUAAUGACAAUGCAACCUCGUUUUGUUUGUUGGCGCGCAAAUCAGGGGAAGGACUACUUAGCUGCAACCUCCAUCUUCGGUACGACGACCAAGUCACCA